AUGGAUGUCGCUCUCGAGUUCCUCGAUCCCCUCGUCCUGGACAAGGCCUAUGCCUGGUUGCUGCCCUCCGACCCCUCCCUCGCGGACGCGACGUCGCGAUGGCCGCGCGACAAUAUUUAUCGGCAGAUAACCUCGUUGCUGCUCCUCACGCAGCUCGGCGCAACAUCCCUUUACUUCUUCUUCAGCGCACUUUCCUACUACUGCAUAUUUGACCGACGCCUCGAGUACCAUCCGCGCUUCUUGCCCAAUCAAAUUCGCCAAGAGAUCGUAUCGUCGAUGUCCGCCGUUCCUGUUAUCAACAUUCUGACUCUGCCCUGGUUCUUGGCUGAGGUCCGAGGGAAAAGUUUGCUGUACGGGUCGGUGAGCGACUAUGGCUGGCCCUGGCUGUUGGUCUCGGCCGCGUUGUACAUGGCUUUCAACGAUAUUGCCAUCUACUGGAUUCAUCGCCUCGAGCAUCACCCCAGCGUGUACAAGUACAUUCACAAGCCGCACCACAAAUGGAUCGUUCCCACGCCGUGGGCUGCCUUAGCGUUCCAUCCGCUGGAUGGGUACGUGCAGUCUCUGCCAUACCACAUCUUCGUCUUCAUGUGCCCCAUGCAGCGCCACCUGUACAUGAUCCUCUUCGGCGCGGUCCAGAUCUGGACCAUCCUGAUCCACGACGGCGACAUGAUCUCCGGCCACUGGACGGAAAAAUUCCUCAACAGCCCCGCGCAUCACACCCUCCACCACAUGUACUUCACCGUCAACUACGGACAAUACUUCACCUGGGCCGACACCUACUUCGGCUCGCACCGCGCCCCGCAGCCGGAGCUGGAUCCGCUCCACGAUGCUCUGAAGGUGAUGCACGCGAAGGGGCUCGUCGACGAGCAGGGCAACCCCAUUCAAAAGCCAAAGGGGGAGUAGAGAAUUCUCCGCCCCGCCCAUCGGGUACAAAGAGAUCGAUACCCGUGUAAAAAAAUCUGUCGAUGGAUCGCCGCCCAUCACAGUACAUGCAUAUUUUUCUGUAUAUAUAUUGAACAUCCGGUUGGAACCCGGUCUAAUAAUUACUAGUUGUCAUGAUUGACAUGUCGCAUAUGGCGGGUGUCAUGGUAUUUUUAUAUACAUAAUGUUAUUUUCAAAGUUUACCG